CCCCGGGCCGGGCUGAGGCACCGCCCGGCCGCUUUAUCCGCCCGCCGUGGGUGGCGGCCGGCGCAGUGCGCAGGAGAGCGGGGCGGCUGCUCGGCCGAGCCCCGGCACCUGCUCGCCCUUCGCCGGGAGCGGCGCGGGCCCCGCCGCCGACAUGAACAAAGCCACCAGCCCCACGUAACACGCCGAUGGCUUUCUGUGCUACAUCGGGACUGAUAAGCCAAGGAAGUGUGAUGCCUAGAAAUCUCCUCUCGGAUUCUCCUGAAAUGGCCUCCCAAAUCUCUCCAGAGCACGCACAUGGGAGCGUGGAGAGGGCUGGCAGUGUGGAGAAUCGUGGCAGCCAAGCCAGGUGCAGAAAUCUUGCCUUGGAUGAUGAGAGCCUGAAAUACUUAACUCACGAGGAACAGGAUGUUCUUAUGUUCUUUGAGGAAACCAUAGAUGCCUUAGAAGAUGACUUGGAGGAGAUGGCUCUACGUGACAGUGGCAUCCACUGCCAGUCUCCAAGGUCGACAGAAGAAAACGUGUCCAGUCACUCAGAGACUGAAGAUAUCAUCGACUUAGUGCAGUCAACACCUGAGAGUAGUGACCAUGAAGGCCCUUCUAGCAGAGAUACAGAGCCAGGUAUGUUGGAUGCUCCCUGGAGAGCCGAGAGCCCCAAGCCAGCUGUACCUGCUGACCUUCCCCCGUAUCCCCCUGCUCUACCACCAGUGUCUGAGGCACUUCCUCUUCCUCCUCCACCCCCUCCUCCAGUGCAGCACCCAAAAUUGCUCCGCUCUGUGCCCACUCCCCUCAUCAUGGCCCAGCAGAUGUGUGAGCAGCAGGCGGAGAGCAGGGCGCGCUUCCCCGGCGCCCUCAAGGACGGGAAUUCGGACAGGAAGAAAACCCCGGUGGCCAAUGGGGAUCAUUUCGUGGCACCAAAACACCCUCCUGCCCCUGCACCCAAACUGCACCGGUUCCCCAGCAACAUCAACAUAACGAAUGUCAGUGGCAAAGAGUUCAACGAGACGAUUUCCAAAGCCGCCGUGAACGUCCAGGAGCGGCGAGCCCAGGUGCUGGCCAACAUCAAUGGAGGAGCUUUGCUGGCAGCUGAGCUGGAGGAGAAGCUGCACAAAAGUGAUUUCUUGUCACGUAACAGAAGUUCUUCCUUACGGGAUCUCUCUUCCGAGCAAACACGAUACGAGGCCCUGACGAAACUCGGCCUAGUUAAGGGAAAGCCAGCUCAGGACCAAGUGGACCAUGCCCCAAGCACUCAGCAGGUUGAUGUGCAGCCCAAACAGGCAGAUGCGGUUACCAAUGGAUAUAAAAACAUCCAUGAGGCUUUAAAAAGCGAGCCCAGCCCUUUCCUUCCUAUGGGCAAAACUGUAACAAUCAAACCAGAGGUCGCUCUUGCCACUAACAAGGUCAUCAGCGCACAGCAGAACACAGAGAAAAGCUGUCAUGAUUACAAACAGCCUGCUGUAAGCCUGGACAUGAGGAGGAGAUCAGGAUCGCUGCCUAGACCUUCAGGAUUUCGAUCCCAAGGGAUAACGGUGAAGUUUUCUGGCCGUGGCUCAACAGAAGAAGCUCGGAGAGAGGCCCUUCGGAAACUGGGGCUACUGAAAGAGACGGCGUAACGUGGAUGGGAAUGUUGUGGCAGUGGGAGGGAAGUCAUGGCAUGGCUUAGUGCUGGAAUAGUCCCAACAGAAUUGGGACCAGAUGGAUUGGAAGAAAAAAGGGAAAGUUCUCUGUUUCAGGCAAGCUGGGGAGGUACCAGACACUGUGGAAUGACCACUCGUGUUCAUCCCGGGACUGGCGCCACGUAUGGUCAUGUACAGCAGUGGGAUCUGGCUCUCCUUCCUACAGAGAUACUGAGCUGUUGCUCUUUGUGACUAAGAGGAAUUUUAUUUAAUUAAUGCUGGACUGUGUCAGGCAGCAUCUCGUUAAUGAAGUGUACAGUGCAGUAUUGUUGUACAUAGCGAACUGAGCGGCGACUCUUCCUUCUGCUCUUUCUGAAGCCAAAACCAAGAGCUCCGUUUGUCUUGCCCACGUGUCUGUCUGUCUGUCUGUCUGUGGGAGCUCGAGAUAAUGUCCAAGCUGAAAUUUCUGAGCAGCGUGACACCCUUCCAUGACUUUUUUUUGUUGUCUGUCUUAUCUGGCUUGGCUUCGUUCCCUCCCAGUGGUGGAGUCUUCUGCUCCCUCGCUCUGCGUGCGCUUCCCUCCAGACUGUGCACAGGGUGGCUUCUGCUUUGACCUUCUCCUGGACAGAGCAGCCCAAGCUCUGAAUGGGUGACUGCACUACUCUGCUGCUGCCCCUGAAGUCUUGCCUUUCUUCCCAGCCACCUGCUUCUUGGUCAUGCUCGACCAACCCAUGUGUCCAGUGAAAGGCUCCAGAAAAGCCUCAAGGAUAUGCACCGGUUUUCACACUGACAGCCAAAGAGUCUCCUGACAAUCUGUGACCCCAACUGUUCUGUACCAGGGAUGGUCUCACAGCAGAGAAGCCAUAGGAACAAGUUAACUUUGUACCAAAUGCAAGACCCUGAUGUCAAAAGUCUUGUCUUUUACGUUGGAGUUCUGGGAAGGAACUGUUACUUUUUGAACAGUAGCUGUACUACACUGAGUAAUUGUAAGUUCUUUUACUUCUAAAACUGUCAUGUGAUCUUCCUCUAGUCAGAAUCCUUUGUUCACAGCCUUAUUUGAUUCUGCCCUGCCAAUCCAUAACAAGUUACAGCCAAAAUUCGUGCAGGUUGGUUAAGUGGAGUUACAGGAGGGCUGUGUCUAAGAGCACGUCAUUCCUGAAUGGUCCAAGUUGAUGGUAUUUUGCCUUUGUUCAACAGACAUGGUUUUAAAGAUGGUCUCAAAAGAUAUUUGUGUGUUGGUAUGAUUUUAUUUUUUUUUUAAUAUGGAAAGCUGCUCUUCCAUGUUAAAACUCCUUCCCUUUUUGUAUACCUGAAAACAUCCAGAAUAGCCACUUCAAAAUCAAAUGCCAAACUCCAAACCCUCUCAGUUUUUUUGUUGUUAUUCCUCGAUGUUUGAGUUUUUGGUGUUUGCUUGUUUUCUAAAGGGAAAAGCUGACUUAUUCUCUGCACUUUUUAAGCCUCAAGCAACCCAGUCCUUUUCCCAAGGAGCUGAGCAAUAAACCUUGGAGAAGAGGAGGGGAGUGGCUAUAGCAGAAACCGACACACCCUUUCAUCAGGAGCUCUGCCAUAACUGUGAUAAACAAGUUUGGAGUUCUUGUGAUAAAGUAUUUCAAACUUGCUAAGCUUUACUUGUAAAUGAAGCUGUCGUGAAGGAAAAACCUUUGUGUUAUUCUCAACCUGCCUCAUAAGUUGGUGUUUUUUUGCCUUUUUGUGUUUGUUUUUUUUUAAUUAUCUGCUCGCUGCUUUAAUUUUUAAUCGUGUUGUUACGGUAUCUGGCUGGUUCUGUUAUGCAGUUAUUCUUUUCAGCCUUUUCACUGGGGAAGUGAUCGUGUUCCUCACUGAGAGAGGCUUACUAUACAUAAGCAAUCAGUAAUUAAAAUAUGUGGCCAUUCCUGGGCUGGCAGAGCACUUAGGCGUGCAUAACCGAACGUGAGCCGUGCUGCUGGAACAAAAAAGGCUGCUUGUAUGCUGUGAGCACAGCACAUGCUUGUUCUGCUGGGCUCUGAGUCUCUAGUCCUAAAUCAGAAGGACAGGGGAGCGCAUAAAAUACAUCCAAGCACGCGCUUCACUGCAGGCUGGCAUGGAGUCCUACAUGUGGAUGAUGAAUCAUAAUUUAUUAACAUAACCUGCUAAGUAAAUUUAAAUGUUUCAUGACCUUUGUGCUUUUCAGUCCUGGUAAAGCAAAUUCUUCAUUAUGGAUGUGAAGUGCGUACAAAGCAAUCUUCACAUCUAAUCAUUCCUCGCCAGCUCCUCUUUGAGUUGUUUACAGCUGGGAGUCCAUGCUGAGCAGACAGGGGGUGGAGGGGGAACCCUGACACUACUUCAUUGAAAUGCAGUCCAGUUCAAUAACUCUGUAAUGUAACCCUAUUUAAAAAAAAAACAAAUUAGGUGUUUAAUAUCUAAAUUACAAAGCUGCCUAUGCUGAAUUAGCUGGAUCAUGUUCUUUCAUCCUUUGUGCAGGGCUGUGUCCUCAACUGGUGGGAAGUGAGAGUUAGAUCUUCAUUAGGUAAAGCAGUUUCUGCCCAGGGAGGACUUGGAACGAGGUAUUCAUUGUGGCCCUUCAUUAUAGCAAAUAUCCUACUGAUAAAUUCUUCUCUGUGCCUAAAACUGUAGUAAGUAAAGCCAUGUACUAAAUGAAGUUAAGUCUAGCUGCUAAUAACCUGUAUAUAAAUUUAGCUCUAUUUUGUGUAUCUUGUUUUGUGUGUAUAUGUUGCUGUGAUAUUACUUUUUUCCCUUUGUGUUAGAGGUAACUGUCUUGCACAAAUCUGAUAAAUCAUCCAUUAAACUGGGAUAAACCCAAUGAAAUGAUUGCU